CAGUCGGCUGGGUUAACAGAGGCGAUAAGCGGACGUCUAAGCUUGGUUGACUGACAGAAGAUAGAAAAUGAGGGAAUACAAACUGGUUGUUCUUGGAAGUGGUGGUGUAGGGAAAAGUGCCUUGACUGUCCAAUUCGUUCAAGGAAUUUUUGUGGAAAAAUAUGAUCCAACAAUAGAAGACAGCUAUAGAAAGCAAGUGGAGGUAGAUGGUCAACAAUGUAUGCUGGAAAUUCUAGAUACUGCUGGCACAGAACAAUUCACAGCAAUGAGGGACCUGUAUAUGAAAAAUGGACAGGGUUUUCUCUUAGUAUACUCCAUAACAGCCCAAUCCACAUUUAACGACCUUCAAGAUUUGAGGGAACAGAUAUUACGGGUCAAAGACACAGAUGAUGUCCCAAUGAUCUUGGUAGGAAAUAAGUGUGAUUUGGAAGAUGAGAGAGUAGUGGGCAAGGACCAGGGCAUGAACCUGUCACGGAUGUGGACUUGUACUUUUCUUGAAACCUCUGCAAAGGCCAAGAUCAACGUCAGUGAUAUAUUCUGUGAUUUGGUGAGGCUGAUAAACAAGAAAAAUCCAGAGACAAAAUUGAAGAAAAACAAGAAAAAGGGAUGCACAUUGCUGUAAUAAGAUUGGAGGAAAAUUGAUUUGUUUGAAGAAGGACCUUGUGCGUUAAUUUGUUGGUCAGUCAUAAAAAAAAGUGUCUGCCUUAGGGACGUCCCCUUGUAUCAAGAUGUGUUCGUUCAGAGGGUUAGUCAAGUGCCAGACCACUUUGGGGAGGCUGUGGAAGUGCAGGAUAUCAACGCAGGCUAAUCCCUCUGACCUGUUAGCUAUAGGAUGAACUGAAAGAUGCCUCUCUGCUCAAUUCCCCGGCUUUUUUAACUGCUUUUCCAUUUCAACGUCUAUUUAUGAUUGUACAAUGCUAGGCUAGUCCUUCUUUAUGCAUGUGCAUAUGUAGUUUCCUUGCGUGUAAGUUGUCCUUGUUGUAAAUACACAUUUAAAGGUAUUAUUAAUUGUACUCAUCAGAACUGAGUGCAUUGGAAGUCACAGAAUUAACGCAAACUAGCAGAGCAUUUUGCUAUUUUUAUAGAAUGUUAGGAAUGCACUGACUCUGUUAAUGGAUUUCCUAACCAACAUUGUAUACAACAGGAAUGCAGGGUUUUACGUGUAAUAACAGUAAUGGCUAGAUUUUAGGACUGAGUUAGACAUUUUCUGAAAGUACUGAUAAUGAUAUGCAGGACCUUAUUGCCAUUGACAAUACAGUAAGUUGGGCAAGAUUUGCAUCAGAUUCAAGAAACAUGUCUGGGAUUACCAGGUUAUAAGAUAGGAACAAUAUUGUUGUGAGAUUGUGAAGGAAAAGGAAUUAAAGGUGCUCCAGUAAAAAGAGAAUUGAUUGUAGAAGCUGAACGUGCCAUUAUUAUGUGGCUACUAGUGAUAUCGCUGCUGGAAGUGGCUGGGUUUUAAAUGGUUAGAAUGUCUUGUUACAGGCCUGUGAAAUCCAGGUGGCCCAGUAGAGUCAGUCAGUGCUUGACUUAAACAUUAUUAUUGCUAUUAUGUUCAAUUCUUGUACUUUUAAAGGCACGCAGGCAAAGAAUGGGGCACCAAUGUGUAUUUACCAGCUAUAUUUUUCUGAUUAUUACAAAAUAAAAGAAUUUAAGCAGCUUGUAAUUGUACUGCCUUUGGACAUCAGCCAAAUGGUAAAGGGGUCCACUGAUUUGUCCUCGUAAUGUGACAAACUUUCACUGUUGAUUUUAUACUCCACCCUCAUAAGCAUCAGACUAUUUAUGAAGUAUAAUUAUAGGUGAACAUUUGGAUUUUUAAAGGCACCAAUCAGGUACUACAUUUUAUUGAGUACUUUUGAGUACAGUGAGUACUUUUCGUCCUUCUUUCUUACACUAGAAAUGUUUAUGGUAUAUUUUCUUUUAUAUAGGGUUGAAUUUUAACGUUGUAGCCAUUUGAGGUUAUAAUUUGAAGUUUUUGAUAAAUCAGAGAAGUAAACGGUAAAGAUGUUUAUUAUAUGGUUCAUUUUCUUAAAAUCAUGACACCGAAAAUAUCCUGCUGUGGUCUUCACCUUCAGUUUCACACUCUUUAUUGCAGGAAUAAUGUGCUGUACAUUGUAUUGCUUAAUUCUUAAGUUGUUUUAUUGGUCCGGUGCAGAAAUUUUGAUAUUACUGUUACCCAUGUUGUUGAUGCCAUUGCAGUAGAUAUGGGAUUGCACUGGGCCCUGCCGGUCCAAUGUUUUGCUGGUUGAUUUUACAAUAAUGUAAUAUUCAUCUCUUAUAAAUCUAAUAUUAAAAUCUUUUUUGGUGUAAUGUCAGACAUUAUUUGCCUAGUUUGGGUUCUUUAACUUGCAUGAAAACAUAUGCCAUGUUACAUGUAGUUUUAAGUACUUUCUAUCAUUGCAUCCAUUCAUUCUCAUUUUUUCUGAAAUAAAGUCAUAUAAUACAAACAAA